AUGGAUUAUCCAGAUCUUGCCUCCUUUCAAUCUGGGGCCGAAAAUCUCGCAAAUAUCCCAAAUUCCGCCAAUGGCAGAGGCCCUGAGAUCGAUGGACGAGUUUCAACCAGAGGGGAUGUGAGCGGCAGCGGCCCUCGGGCCAAUGGCCAGUGCUACAGCUUCGUGGAGGUCUACGACAGCGACUAUCAGAUCUAUGGGCAGGUUAUGGACAGAGUUGAAAUUAAAGGCAGCGAUUACCAUGUUAAUGGCCAGCUUUCAAGUGCAAGAGAUACCAAUGACAGGGUCUAUAUAUCCGCAAGCAACGCUUUGGCCCCCGACGAUGAUAUGGACAUGAACGAUGACCGCAAUGACCGUGAUAGCCAGCACUCGAGCCAAGAGGACACUGGUGUAUACGAUUUUGAUCCGGAUGACCCCGUUGACUCACGAUACGAGCUUGAUAACUCUCAAUAUCAGGCCGGAGAUGAAGAGGAAGAGCUCAAUCGUGGUGACAAUCCCUUUGCAGAUGUGGAAAGAAACCCUGUUCUUCUCGGUCAAGCACGGACUAUCAGCCAAGAAUGGGCCCAAUUGCUCGAUGUACCAGCAUCCUCGACCGAAGACCAUGAUACAGAUGAGGCGAGAUAUUGUGCCGCGGGUGUACCAAUUGACUCUGCCGUGCGGCAUAGGGAGGCCUUUGAUGGUCUCUUGAGCAGGGUCGUUGGGUACAUAUCCACCCAAGUGAGAAACAGUGGGUUCCACGACACACCAGGCAUCUGUCAUUGGGUGAAUGGAUCGAUGUGGGCAUACUUCCGAAAAGCACAGCCGGGCUAUCUCACAGAAGCCUUCCUCAACCUGAUACCACAGUCCACGCGAACAAUCCUGGGAUACUUUGAGGAUCCCACCAGUCUUCUGGCCCUUCCACAUAUUACAGACAAGCCGGGUCAAAUGGGUGUCUAUAUCUGCUACGUGAGUGAUCCAAAUGGGCUUGGAGCACUAUAUGUUGGAUCUUCGAUUGUGGAUCUUCUUCUUCUUCGGAUUCAGCAGCAUGAGCGUCUUAUGGAACGGGCCAGACAGGAUCUCAAUGCGAAGGUAUUAUACCAAUACGCUACUGGUGCAGGCCGAACCUAUCAUUUCCGCCAAAUCACUGCACUUCCAGCAUGUCAAGACAACGCUAUCCUGAUGCGCCUUUUGGAGGCGGUUAUUAUGCUUGCGCUUGACGCACUUGCCCCUGGAGAGGGCAACUUGAUGUUUACUGUGGAUGCAAGUAUGAACGCCGCCACAAAGUACCACGCCCUGUGA